AAAACGACGAGGAAAACGAAGCAGAUACUAAGUGCUGAUUGGUUGUUUGUUAUGAUUCAAAGGUUUCAAAGAUUUUUAAAUCUGUAACUUCAGAUGUUUGUUGUGGAGUCAAUUAUAGCAGAAAGCUGAAACUAGUUGGCUUUUGCAGGAGUGAGUCCAUCACAAACAGCAACUUGUCCCUAACACGAGGUUAGUGAUGUACACCUUCAUCACUGGAGCUACCGUGCCGACUUCGUCAUAACCAUGUGCACACAUUUCACUGGCAUGACAUCAACCGAUGAAUGACAGUGUAUGAGCAUCCAGCUGGCAUUGCUCUGUGCGCUCUGAUGUCAACCAAGAUAUGUUCCAAUGAUAAACAUAAUUUAGAAUAGUCGAAGUACAGCAAUCGUUUUUGGUAGUCAUUAUUCUAUAAUGUAAUACAAAUGAUAUAAAACAAAUCCUAAUCUACACUUCAUGCAACAAUGGCAAUAAUCUAACUAGUUUUUAUGAUAUAAGGCUAUCGUCUUCAUUCAUAGAGGUAAACUUGAGUACUGAACAUACCAUUUCGUUUUCACGUACUCACAGGUUGUAAUACAACGUAGCUUCAUAGUGUAUUUAUUCCGCUGCCGGUCAAUUAAAGAGGUGCCGUAUUUCAACCACAUUAAAAAUAUUUUUAAGAUGAUGAUCGUAUGAUACUAAGUAUGUCUAAAACCAUGCCACUUUUAUACGCUAUAGUAUUUUAACACUUCAUAAAGGUUUUAUACCUGGCAGAAGACUGCUUGUCAACUCGGCACAUAUGCUUAGCCAAUGUUCCAAGUCAUAAUGAAUUUCAAAAAGAAUUUGUGGGAAGCGUACGUUAUUUGUAUUGAGCUGAUCGGGCGCUAACAAAAUUCGAACUUACACUGUCAAAAAUCAAUGAGACACAAACAAUACAGAAGGAGCAGUGAUUGCUGUAUCCUCAAGUGUUUAUUGUACAUAACAAUAAAUCAGAGGCUUCCUUGCUUAGUGAAUAAUAUUAAAUGUGACCACUUUAAAAGAAAGCAGCGUUCGGUUACUGAGGGCAGUUUUUAGCUAAAACAAGAACGAAGGAGGGCUUCAAAAGGUUCAAUUUAGACGACAGUAUAUAUAUAACUAUAAAAAAAAAUACAAAUGGCUUCCUAUUCUUUUGUGAGACUAUUUUGACUAAGUGUAGUAUAUUUGAGAGAUUUCCUAUAGUUUACUCAGAUCUAUGGGACAAGAGUUUUUUCUUGCAGGACCGGGUGAACAAUGGAAAUAUGCUCUUCAUACACUCGAUUAUCAAGGCUUAGAUUGCAAAGCUCAGCACUCAACAAGUCGGAAUUUAUGCAGCAGAUCUAAUUAUUUUGCUAAAGUGAAUAAAUACACAGAACCACUUCUUUUCUGGUGCAAAAUUAAGGACUUACCUCUAUUAGGAGUCUCACUGGAUCUUGUUGAGCCUGUCUGGGGCCUUUCCACAAGACUUGAAGACGGCAUGGCAACCAUACAAAGAACUAUAAAAAUUCAUAUUAGCAUUUGAUUUUUUCCCUUCAUUCAUUCUUUUCCCCAUUAUUAAUACUUAGCGACCAUUUUUAUCAAUGCUACGAUUUGAAUUAAUGUAAAAGUAUGCUUGCUAGUUAUGGCUAUCAUAGCAACGCAUACAAACAGGUAUGCAGUAUCCACCUAGAUUUCUCCGUCACUUUUUUUCAGGAUCAGAUUGUCGACAGACGAAGCUUGUGCCUUAUAUGGGCUAAAAGGGUCUCGAUGUAAGCGCAUCACUUGAGACCUGCAUUAAAUUAGACGAUCCAAUCAAAUAAAUAGAACGAGGGUUUACGAAGAACAGGAAAAUCGCGUUUUUCACAAUAAAACAUUAUUAUUAUUUCAAAAGCGGCCUCGAAACGGGACUGAAGUUAUUAGGUGUAGCGAUACAAUGCCGAAUUGGUAGAUUGAUAGAGUGCCAAUUCAGCAUGGAGUAUGUAUUGACAGAUUUAUCUGGAUUUAUACGAUCCUGUGAACUAUCCGUUCGCGAAGACGUAUCAGAUGUUCACAACGCGAACUCAAAAAGUCAUAAUUUUAGGGAAAAGAACAUGCCGAACAAGGUGGCGCCAUUUUGGGCAUUCUAUAAACGUUACGAGAAUGAACAAAGGAGAAAAGGACGUAGAUUUACAAGGGAAGAGAUGUACGAUGAAGCUUCGCAGUUCUGGGGACAGAUGAACCAAGAUGAUCGGGCCUACUUCGUUGAUGAUGCGAAAGAGGCUACGAAAAAGCUCCGAGAAGAUUUAUGGAGUAGGCUCGAGAAAAAGCGCGAACUACAGAAGAACUUGCAAUGUACUCCACAGGACACAGGAGUGGAAGAUAUCUUAGAAUUUAAUAUAGAUCGAGUUAUGAAACAAUUGGCGGAACAACCUAAAGUUAUUCGAGAAAUGGAAUUCUGUUUCUUCGACGCAAACAUACAGUGCUUCGUGGAAAAUCUACGCGCCGAUGGCUCUAUGACAAUGGACUUGCGUCCCUGCGAGAUAGCGUUAUGUCGGUUUUCCAUCGCCAAUGGCAUCAUUAACCGGUGGCAUGGAAUUAUCUAUCCUGGCAGACCUUUUGGGAUGUCUCGCAACAGAAUAAAGGAGGCCAAAUUCCAGUGCAUGAUGACACACGGGAUUCCUUUUGAAGGUUUACCCAAUACGACGUGUAACAUCAAGAAAUUUUGGCACUCGGCUCAGAAAUUCUUCGCAGGUGCUACUCUAGUUACGAGCUUGGACUACCGUAACGCCGUGGGAGCGCUCAUUUAUUUUCUACAGAGAUGCAAUAUCGUUGAGACACCGUAUAUUAUUGAUGCUGGAAGACUAAUGGACCGCAUUCAAGAAUCACUUGGAUGUAAGCCGCCUCCCUCCGCUAGAGCUGCUUUGGACAACGCUGUCAACGUUUCGUCUGUCAAAGGGGACGAAGUCGACAUGUCAUGUAGCUACCACGUGACGAAUGUCGGCUGGAAAUAUUGCGUGCUUCUUCGCAUGACCAAAUUGGCUUUCGAGUUCUCACGACAACUGGCGGAGCCCUUCCAGGUUGAACCUUUGAUACCCGGUGCACAUACGCCUGACGAUCGAAACGACAUACCUGUAGUCGAGUAUCAGGAAUCUGCAGAUAACCAAAACAGCCAUGACAACGACGCAGCAACAGGGCUACUCUCAAGUAGCAGUCAAAACUGAGAACAUGAUUGAACAACAAUUGUGGAGAAAAGGAGAAAUUCGUCGCAAAUUUUUAUUAAUAUUCUUAUACACAGACCAUAUAUAACUAUUAAUGUUGUCUCUAUAAAUAAAAGACCCCUCUACGGUGAAAAACAAACAGUCAGAAGUAGUGCGCUUGUGCUGUCACUCCGAGAAAAUAUACAAAUCAAACGAGACUAUAUAUUCGAUCCAGAUCGCUCACAUAUGAACUUUACGGGUUCUAGCGCCUUUGAAACACAAUUGAAACACAAAUAAACAAAUUAAGACCAUUUAACGAAUUAUAGUGUAUUAUAAUUAUCAUUGUUGUCUUGACAUAAUAAUGAAACUCCUUCAAAGUAAAAUUGACGCAUCUAAUCCAUGCAUAAACACGAGAGAGUAACAAAUACUUAGCUAGAUCGUAGACCACUCACGUUACAGCUAUUCUAAAUCUGUACGGACGCACAUGUAUAUGAUGUGCGUACGGAUAUAAAACAGACAUAAUGUGAAUAUAGGUAAAAUAUGGAACGCAAGGACUAGUUAUCUUUUGCUAGGCUCCCAACGACUUGUUAUAAUUUCACACACUUCCAUUUUACGAAGGCAAGAAGGCAUGCUUAAAUCCACUGAGUUACUUGGCCGCAACACGUAACAUAGCAGGAGAACCUUUUGUACAGUUCCAGAAAUGCGUGUCAGAACGUCCAGGUCG